AAAUAAAGCUGUGACUUUCUGAUUUUUUAAAUUUUUGCUGCGCGUGUAAGGGUACUUUUUAGAAGUUUCAAUAUGAUAUGUGGCACAAAUACGCAAGUCUUUUCAUUUAUAUUUGCAUUCAAACACUUAUAUUAUACCAUAAGAACAUUUAAAUAUUGAAUAUAUGUUUUCUUUUGCGUGUAAUUACGAAAUCUAGUUCCGAACAAAAUCUUACAAGUUCUAUCUAAGUGGUCUUCACUUUCAAAAUCCGAAACAAUGUCGGCCGGUGAUUGGUGUCUUAUUGAGAGUGAUCCAGGUGUAUUUACAGAGCUGAUAAAGGGUUUUGGAGUGACUGGGGCACAAGUAGAGGAAAUAUGGAGCUUAGACCCAGAGAGCUUUGCAAAUCUAAGGCCUGUUCAUGGACUUAUAUUCUUGUUUAAAUGGAAGCCAGAUGACACACCCCAGGGUUCACUUGUUCAAGACAGUCGACUGGAAAAAAUAUUCUUUGCCAAACAGGUCAUCAACAAUGCAUGUGCUACUCAAGCCAUUCUGAGCAUCUUACUGAAUGCUGAACAUAAAGACAUCAAGCUGGGAGAAACACUAGGAUCAUUCAGAGAGUUCACACAGUCAUUUGAUGCUGCAACUAAAGGAUUGAGCAUUAGUAACUCUGACCAAAUCAAAAAAGUCCACAACAGUUUUGCAAGACAAGAAAUGUUUGAAUUCGAUAAAUCUCUGGCAAAGAAAGAUGAUGAUGUCUUCCACUUUAUUGGAUAUCUACCUAUAGAUGGCAGGCUGUAUGAGCUAGAUGGUCUCAAGGAAGGACCCAUAGACCAUGGCAGUAUACCGGAGGGAUCUGAUUGGUUGGAUUCUGCAAGACCUGUCAUAGAAAAAAGAAUACAAAAGUAUGCUGCAGAUGAAAUACAUUUCAACCUAAUGGCAAUAGUUUCCGACAGAAAAAUGACUUACACAAACCGAAUAGAAGAACUCAUGAAGCAAAUGGAGACCGAUGAAAGGGAUUUGGAAAUCAGUAAACUUCAAAUGCUUAUACAAGAAGAGGAUCUCAAAUCUAACAGAUACAAAAUUGAAAAUAUCAGGAGACGUCACAACUAUCUACCAUUCAUUAUGGAACUACUCAAAAUCCUUGCCAAGGAAGGAAAACUUGUAGAUAUGGUAGAAAAGGCCAAAGAAAAACAAGUUGAAAAGAAAAAGGAGAAAGCAGCAGCAAAAUAGCAUAAUGCUUCACCUCAGUUCACUGAAAUCAUGGACAUUGGACAUGCACAACAACCAGGGAGCGACUUAAAGUGCCAGCCUGGAGUUAGUUACCUUUGAUCUGGGCCAUCUUAUUUUUUCAACAAACAUGAAUGUAGGAACUAUGGUUAUUGAACUACAGAUCUACAACCCUUAUGAUGCACCCUGUAUAUUACAUUCUUCAUUAUUUAUUUAUUUUCAAAAAUGGACACAAUAUCUAUCUUAGUUAAUCAGAUUGUGCCAUGAAGUACUGAAGAUGGCAUACGUGACAUUGUAUAUUAUUUGAUCAUAUUUAUUCCCUAUUUUAUGAUCAAAUAAUUAUACAGUACAAGAAAACUGAAGGACAUUUCAGAUAUUUGCCAAACUCUAGAUUUGUCAAUAAAUGAGUGUUCAGCUGGACAGUAAACUUCAAUAUCGGUGUACAUGUAAUUUCUUUUGGAGAAAUGAGACACAAAAACUGAUUUGAACUAUUUUAUUAAAAUACAAUGUAUUGUUUAUGAGUGGCAUAAGGGCUUUAUAUACUGUGGCAAUGCUAAUUUCCUGACUAAAGUAUGAUUCUCUUUACAACAUGGUUGUCUAUGGUUGCCAUUUGAUGAAAAGUGUAAUAAGAUAUUGCCAUUUACUGUUUGUUAUUAUAAUCGAGGGAUGACAUACAAUCAUUUCAUAUAUGGUCACAUAAUAUGAAAUAGAUGAACUAAUUCCUUGGAAAGUCCUAAAUUGAAGAUGAAACUACUAAUGACCAGUUUCAUCAUGUGACCAGUUUUUGAUACUUUUUAUCUUCCCAUUUAAUGUUGAAACUGAAAGACUUCU